AUGCAACUCCUUACCGCUCUCGUCUUGCUGGCGGCUACCGUCACCGCCAUGCCGACGGAGCCGCAGAGCAACGAGAUGAAUUUUGUUGUUAGACGAGAUACCUGGAAGAGGGCCAGCUGCGCCGUCGAACUCCCGAAACCGAAAUGCGCCAAUGCUUGCUGCGAGCUAGCCGGCGGCUGCAGCUCCCUCAACUGUGCCGAUUCCUACUGCAGGAUGUUUGCCCUCGACCAGCCUGACUAUUCCGCCGAGGGCAUGUUCCAUUAUGCUACGUGGUAUUUGUUGUAA